CGUUCUCUGCUGCCCUCCCCCAGCUCGAAACCUCCAGCCAGAGCCUCAGGCACUCAGGAGGCUUUUUCAGAAGAUCUCUUCCCUUUUGAGCAUCGUGUCAGUGCCAGCUGCACCCCGGGCUGCAGCGCUGGUCGGCACCACCACGCAGCUCUCCCCGUUCCACGGCACCAAGUGACGCUGCAGCGGAGCUUCUGUCUUGGGGAAAAAGUCAGUGAUAGAACCCUGCCGAGUCCCACCUCGCAGCUCGGCUAAGAGAGGGGCUUUCCAAAGAAUCAACCCCUCUCCCAUUCCCAAAGAGGCUUUUUUGAUGUGCUUUUUUUUUCUUUUUAAUACGAAGGGACAUUGUUUGUUUUGUUGUUUUUUUUUUUUUCUCAAAGCAAUCGAAAGGAUUGCCUGGAAAGCUCCAGGAGAAAGCUCAGCUUCUUAACACUGGUUCCGCAGAGUGCUGUUAACUGGGAUUAAGAAAGUCAAUUCAUGCUUCGCAGCACCAGGAUUUCAACAGCACGGAGCCUCCCGAGGCAGAGCCCGGCGGCAGCAAAUCCAGCCGGAUGGCAAAGCAGCAGCCGCCUCUCCCUGCAGAUGCCAUUUAACCCCGGAUUUGUGAGCAUCUCACUUGGGAAAAUCAGCUGGAAACCCACCGUGCCUUCCCUACACGGACAGUGAGUGCUGACAGCCCAAACCUUGGCUCCUCUCUGCCCAGCUGCCGGCCCCGGGGCUGGGGUGAGCAGAGCAUCUUCCCAUGCGGAGCUCCCAGCAGGCUCCGGAGUUUCUAGCCCAUCCCGGCUGACCAGCAGAUGAUCCAGGAUAUUCCCGCAAAAGAAAGUGGGGGAAAAAAAGGAAAAGAAGGGAACGAGGGCCAGGACACGAGACAAAAUGCAGCUGAUUUUCAGCCCUUUGCAAGCAGAAACUUUGUUUCUUUCCUAUGCCAACGACUGACUGCGUUUGCACUCCUGCUUUACUUCUACCGUGGAGGAAAAUUAAGCAAGAACAUGUAUAGUGAACUGCUAAAUUCAACCAGUGCCACUGAAGCUCACCUCAUCAUUCAGACCAACACUCCCUACCUGAGCGGCACCCCCAGACCCGUGAGCUCCUCUACUUUUUACCUGUCGACAGCCAGGGUGUUAAAAGAAGGGGAAAUAAACAAACCCGACCUGGUGACUUACAUCAUUCUGUUUUUCUUCCUGCUCUUGACUGUGACCCUCAUUGUGCUCUUCAUCAACUGUCAGCUGAAAAACUCUUUUUUUGCUACUCUUCCUUACGACAGAUCGCUCCGAGAAGCCAGGAGCCCGUGGAGGACACAAGCUGUCUGACACUGGAGAGCAACUGGGGCUUUACAAGAGGAGAAGGCACCAGAAAGGCUGGGCAAGGAGGCUUUGUCACCAUAUGCCAGGCAAGGGAUGUCACCCUCUUCAGAGCCACAGGCUGAAAAAGGAUUGCUGAAAAAUACUGUGUGCAAAGGGGAAUAGCUGUAAAUAAAAAAAGCUUUGUUAUGAACUAAAGAGAGAAUGCUUUAGCAAAUGUAGAGAGUUUUGUGCAAAAAAAUGCCUCCUGAUUCCAGAUUAAGCUCUAUAUGUAUGCAAAUGUCAUCAUCCACCCAUUCAGUGUCCAUACAAGGAUAUUUGCAUUUAAAACAAUCUCUGAUUUGGGCAUCUGGUGGAGCUUGUUACCCAUGUUUAUGAGACCAUAGCAUCAAAUGUAAAAAAUCAGUAUAUUUACCUAACAGCUCCACGGUGAGGAUACGAGUUUACUUUCCAGACCCAUUUCUCUCAACUGCUUCUGAAGCUGCGUGGUAAUGCAGUGGGAGUCCUGCCAGGCAGGAGUAAAAAAAUGAAAAACAUUUAUUUAGACUUUGAUUAUGAUGCUGUUAAGGGUGGCUUUGAUGUUUUAUUGCACCAUCGAACUGGUUUUAAGUUACCAUUUAUGUGAAACACUAAAUAACUACGGAAUGCAUUUUCAACUUUCUUAAGCUACAAAGGAAAUUAUUUGCCAUGGCAUGAAAAUAAAAUAAUCAGGGUAGGGAGAAGGAAGGAGAGAAAAUAAAUAUCACUAAUAGCAUGUAAACUAAUGAAAGGGAAGAGCAGAGUGCUCUGAGUUCAGUAGGUGAAGUGAUAACUUCUGAAAGCCACAAACACAGUUUUAUAGAAGCAGCUACUUUAAUGCACAAUAUGCCCAAUCCUGGCUUUUCAUAUAAAUUGAGAACAAUUAACAGCACCCUUUAUUAAUAUGGCAACAGUUUGAUUCAACACUGAUCACUGGAAAAACCCACCAGUUUAAAUUACUAUCUAUCUGAUUUUGUUCUAAGAGCCUCUGCUCAACCUUGUUGGCAGGCAUCCUAUUUUAUAGAUUUUGGGUUUUAAUAAACUUGCAGUUAUGGCACAAUUCCAGAUCAAACUGCAUGAACCCCAGAACAAUGAACAAUCCUACAAUGAACAAUAAAAACCUGGUUUUGCUCCAGUUUUGGCAAGUGGAUCAUUUAUCAGAAGAAUGGGGUUCAAGUGGUGACCGAUGCUGCACGUCUAAAUCAGUUCUUAAAAUGGAGAGUACAGCAGAAGUGCUGUCUGUCUGUAUGUAUAUAAUUUAUUUAAUCCAAAUGAGAUUUUACAAUGCAAUUACACACAUGUAAAGGCUUGCACUCAAGCAUACAGAAAUUAUUGUAUAUAUGGGAGCCUGUUUGCAAGCUUUUUUUACACAGAAAUUGCACAGUUGACAGCACUUCCAUGACAUUGUCUUGGUUACCAUGUUUUAUUAUGCUCGAGUAAGUUAAAAUACUACAUAACAGGCUUAAGUAUUUUAUUCCUCAAUAGGUAGCCAAUUUUAUCUCCUCUGAAUCAAAUUUAACUGGUGUAAUUCCAAGAAAUGGCUCUGAGAAAGCAAGACUAAAUUCAAGUGUGUUUACCUCAGCCCUUUUUGAAUAAAUCAAGUUUUAU